GUGCGCGCUAUGAUGUCACCGCCCGUCCCAUGACCCCUAUGACAUCACUCGCAACCUGAAACACCAAGAACAACAUCGUGGACGGCGGAAGGAACUGCUCAGAGAAAGGCAAUGACGUGAAGCUACCAGUAGCUUCGGACCUGGUUUUGUUCUUAACGUCUGCAAAAUAUAAGACAGGCUUCUUCUCACCAACAACUCUUCUCUCUCCAUCAAACACCUUGAACAUCAAUCAAUACCUUUGAAGACAAACAACACUCUCAACUUUAACUAUCUCCAUCGCAAAUAUCAAACAACAUGUCUACCGAUAACACUUCCACUCUCAAGUCCUACGUCGACUCCGCUACCGGAGCCGUCCAGAACGCUGUCGGUUCCAUCAUUGGCAGCAACGGCGAUCAGGUCGAAGGACAAGCCAAGAAGGAGAAGGCUCAGGCUGAGUACGAUGCCUCGCAUGCCACAGCCAAACUCCCCGGCUUCACAGCUUCUUCGUCCGGCGCCGUGGCCAAGGACCAUCCCGAUCGCAAUGCCGGUUCAUACAACCAGACUGCCGGUGCUGCUAAGGAGUUUGUCGGAGGAGUGCUCGGCAAUGAGAGCCUUAAGCAGUCCGGCCGCGAGCAGAACCUUCAAGGUCAAGAGCAAGAAGCCAAGGGCCAAAUCAACGACUACGUUUCCGGUGCCGCCGAUCGUGCUGCUGGAACCCUCGGCAGCGGUUUUGCCGGCCUGACGGGUGACCGGGUCAAGCAAGCUGAAUACCAGGACCAGCACGACACCGGCAAGACUCAGCAACGCGGAGCCGAACACGACAUUGUCAAGCAGGCAGAGGCGAAGCAGUAAAUCAUAAUUUGGGGAGAAGCAGGCGUUUUCAUUGCAUGGAAUUCGGAAAUAGCAUGAACCGGUUGAU